ACCGGAUCAUCUGAUUCCCAUCCUCCGAUGGCUGCCCGGUAACCGAUUAAACACUGCCCAACUCUGCACACGAAAGAACAAAUUUAUAAUAGAUACUCUGUGAUUUUUGCACAAAAAUAAUUUAAGAAAUGACAGCAGUUAAUUCUAAAGUUCUUGAGUUUUGCCAGUUCAUGGGAAGAUUGAAGCAUCUUCCGAGAACUGGCUGGGUGAUAAGGGACAUCCCUAAUUGUGAAACUGUGGCUGGUCACAUGUACCGAAUGGCCAUGUUGACUUUUCUUUUGGAAACCAAAGAUGUUGAUAUUCAAAGGUGCCUUAAAAUGUGUCUUGUCCAUGAUAUGGCAGAAAGCAUUGUUGGUGAUUUGACUCCUCACUGUGGUGUGUCAGUUGAAGACAAACAUCGUCAAGAGGAAGAAGCCAUGGAGACUCUAAUCAAAUUGGUGCCUGAAUUGUCUGGUGAAGAUAUGAAAAGUCUGUUCAUGGAGUAUGAAAACCAAGAAACUCAAGAAGCAAUUUUGGUCAAAGAUCUCGACCGCUUCGACAUGAUUUGCCAAGCUUACGAAUAUGAGGAGUUUCAUAAGACGCCUCUGGCUCUGCAAGAAUUCUUCGUUGCAACCGAGGGUCGUUUCAAGCAUCCGGAAGUGAAGCGCUGGGUGGAUGAAUUAAAUCAGAAGCGAGCCCUGCUGACAGCUCCCGUGGCGAAUGGCGAAGCGGACAAGCCACUCAACUCUUAAAAAUUGGCCAAAAUCGAUCUUUACUGAAAUUUCUAGCUCCAAUUUUUCAUGUUUUAAACUUUUUUUGAUAGAAUUCUUAACCAAGUGUUCAAAGAUGGUUGACUUAUAGUCAUUCAAUCUUUUUCUCCGUAAUUUUUAAAAGUGUCAUUGACUUUUGAAUCGAAUCGAGAAGUAAAAAAACGCAUUUUCUUUGUCUGGUCAGUUUUCAAACCAAUAAAAACCAACCAAGUUUCGUUUUUA